AUGCUGGCAUUUCUACGUGGUGGAAGUAAGGAGGCCAGCCCUGUGUUACCAAGGAAACCAAUGGAUGCUGCAGCGAUGGAUUCAGUCAAAUACACGCCCAAAGUGGAUUCUGAUAGCAUAGAGAUUGAAGAAGAACGGGCUUUCUUGAUGUCUGCUUCACUUUCGCUUGGUGGAGCUGAUUCGGACAGGUCAAAGGGAGGCAAGCAGACGAGCAGUCCACACUUAGAGCUCCAAUUUUCAGACCAGACAGCACGUUUCUACUGUAAGGUGUAUUUUGCAGAGCAAUUUCAGCAGCUAAGAAAGCUCAUUUUUCCUGCUGGAGAGGACAUGUUCAUAAGAUCAUUGAGUAGAUGUAAAGUUUGGGAGGCCAAGGGAGGUAAAUCUGGAUCUGCCUUCAGUAAAACUGAUGAUGAUAGAUUUAUCCUGAAGCAGAUGUCAGGAAUUGAAGUGGAUAUAUUUGAAAAAUUUGGACCAGAAUACUUUCAGCAUGUCAGCAAGUCUUACUUGGAGCAGAAACCAACUGCCUUGGCAAAGAUUGUUGGUGUCUACAGAAUUGGAUUCCGUAACACGCAUACAAACCGGGCCCUGAAACAAGAUGUGUUGAUCAUGGAGAACCUUUUCUACAACAGAAAAAUAUCUCAGACUUUCGACCUAAAGGGCUCCAACAGGAACCGUCUUGUGAACACCUCAGGGAAACGAGAGGAGGAAGUAGUGUUACUUGAUGAAAACCUCAUGAAAUUGAGUGUUGAGUCCCCGUUGUAUGUGUACCCACACUCUAAAAUGGUCUUAAAUACGGCCAUCAAACGGGACUCGGAGUUCCUGUCAUCAAAUCUUGUUAUGGACUACUCUCUCCUGGUCGGGCUGGAUGAGAAGCAAAAUGAACUAGUUGUUGGCAUCAUAGAUUACAUUAGGACCUUCACCUGGGACAAGAAGCUGGAAACAUUGAUCAAAUCAACUGGAGGUAAGAUGCCCACAGUUGUGUCCCCUGAAAUCUACCGAACCCGCUUUAUGGAGGCGAUGGGCCGCUAUUUCCUGCCUGUGCCAGAUCAGUGGUAUGGACUGGGCAGAGACACGGAAUUAUGACCAGGAAUCAUUGACUAGUUCUCUCAUUCCAAUUUUUUGGUACUGCAGGGACAAUUGAGAACAACAAAACUACAUCUUUAUUUCACAAAUAUCCACUGUUUGUAAAUAGUCCUAGUGAUAUGAAGUUGACAUUUUCAAACCGACCAAUAGUAAAUUUGUCUGUACUGAAUGUUGUUUUUGCAAAUAUCUUAAAAAGAUGGCAUGCUUAAAGAAACAAUUAUGACGAGAAAAUAUUAAGAAUCAUAGUGUCAUGGACACGCUGAAGAGAAACUAUCUCCCAUAUAAAAUUGUGCCUGAUAGAUCAAAACUGGGACGCAGGGAAACAAAAAUUUUAAACAUGAUCAUUCAUAUCUGUCAGUGAUUCAGGAUAACCACCUACCUAAUGAUUUGGGGAGUGUAAAAAGACGCUCAGAAUGGUGGACUUCUUCAUGCAAUAAGUCAGUUAAAUUUGAAUAUAUAUGUGUGAAUGUUGUGGUUAUAAUCCUCCAUUGUCCAAUAAGACCGUAAGAUUAAGGAUUAAGGAUGAAUGUUGUCGUUAUAAUCCUCCAUUGUCCAAUAAGACAUAAGAUUGAGGAUUAAGUGUGAAUGUUGUCGUUAUAAUCCUCCAUUGUCCAAUAAGACAUAAGAUUGAGGAUUAAGUGUGAAUGUUGUCGUUAUAAUCCUCCGUUGUCCAAUAAGACCGUAAGAUUAAGGAUUAAGGAUGAAUGUUGUCGUUAUAAUCCUCCGUUGUCCAAUAAGACAUAAGAUUGAGGAUUAAGUGUGAAUGUUGUCGUUAUAAUCCUCCGUUGUCCAA